AUGUCUCGGUUUCGAACAGGAGAGAUCUUGGAGAAAAUGAUCCGAACAGUUGGACCUAUAAGUGUUGCAUCUUUUAUGAAAUAUUGUUUAACAAAUCCUACAGAAGGAUACUAUAGGAAUCGGUAUCCUUUUGGAGUAGAUGGUGACUUUAUUACGUCUCCAGAGAUUUCUCAGAUUUUCGGUGAAUUGAUAGGUAUUUGGAUGAUUUAUGAGUGGAUUCUUAAAAAGAAACCGUCCAAGAUAACAUGGGUGGAAUUAGGUCCAGGACGAGGGACAUUAACAGAUGAUUAUUUGAGAACUGCGAUGAUGUUUGAAGAUUAUUUUCGAACGAUUGAAUCUUUACGAUUGAUUGAAAUAAGUCCAGUUUUGCGUGAAUUUCAGCGUCAACUACUUUGUGGUUCUAAUGCUAUGGAAAAUAUUGAUAUAGAUGUAUGGAAAUGUUUAAGCAAAUAUGGGAUGCCUGUUUAUUGGUAUGAACGGUUUGAUCAACUUCCUAGAGAGCUUUCAACUCCGUUUAUUGCUGUACAUGAGUUUUUUGAUUCAAUGCCUAUUCAUAAAUUUGAGGUGAUUGUUAUUUGUUUAAAUAUAUGGAAUAUUGACUUUGACUUUAAAAAGAAAACGGUGCAUGGUUGGAGGGAAUUUUUGGUUGAUUUCGUAUCACAAGACGCUUUUUAUAUGAAAGAUUCUAUAGAAAAAUCGUCAGCGCCUUUGCAAUUUCGUUUAAUUUUAUCGAAACGUCCAACUUAUCAUAGUUUAACACUUCCAAAUAUUUCUCAGCGAUAUUCUUUACUUCCUAUAGGGUCAUGUAUUGAAAUAUCACCGGAAUCACUUGUUCUUGUGGAAGAAAUUUCAAAAAUUCUUUUAAAUAAUUCAAAUACUGCAUAUGGAUCUGCUUUGAUUAUUGAUUAUGGACCUUCAGACACUAUUCCAAUUCAUACAUUACGAGGAAUUCGUUCACAUCGUAUUGUAUCUCCUUUUGAGAAACCUGGAGAAGUGGAUCUUUCUUCUGAUGUAGAUUUUCAAGCUCUUAAAGAGGUUGUACUUAAACAUGAUGAGCUUGAGGUUUAUGGGCCUAUUGAACAGGGUACUUGGCUGAAAACCAUGGGAAUUGAAGUUAGAGCAAAAGCAUUAAUAGAUGCUUCUAAAAAUAUUUCUAGUAAAAAACGAAUAGAGUCGUCAUAUAAAAGAUUAAUUGAAAGAGGCGGAGGUGCGAUGGGAAAAGUAUACAAAUUUAUGGCUAUUAUUUCAAAAAGAAAAGAAUUUCCUGCUGGAUUUUAUUAA